GGGGAGAGCGGACGAGGAUCCCGAGGGGUAUGUUGGAAAUUCUUGCCAGCAACAAGGAAACAAGAGCCUGUUGCCUGCAUUGCUUUAAAAUAUACACGAUCUUUUUAGCUGGGGCUUAAGAAUCUUCCCAAGGAUAUUACCACAGUCUCAGGAGAGAGAACUACUGACGGGGAGCUGAAUUGGGAAAAAAGGACAGCAGAGAAAGAAAUCUUAGGUAACACGGGACUUAAAGCUUCGCUUUCUUUUCGCAAAAUACAAAAGGAUGCACAUGGUUUUGAUAUACUGUAUAACAUCAAACUAGAACUAGGUUCUGCAGUGAAAGAAUCAAUAGCUUAGUCAUUUUGCUUAAAGGGAGCAGACAGCCUUAUUAUGGGGCUAGACUGCAAAAAUGAAUUUGAUCAUGAUAUGAUCUUACACUCAUGAUGGUACCUAAUUAUAGUCCUGUCCUAUGGAGCAGAAAAAGCAUACUUCCUUCCUUCUUUCUUAGAUGAAGAAAUAAUCCUACAGAAUCAAAUUCAGAAAGAAGUUUGUUUUUGUUGUACAUGGUUAUUAAACAUCAUCCUCUUCCCUGGGAUUGUAAUAACUGGAAAACUGCAUUAAAGUGAUCACUCAUGAAUAUGUGUCUAAGAAAGAAGAAAAAGCAAUAUUCAUUUCUGAAGGAUAACAUGGCAAAGCAAUAUGAAGUUAUACAUUUCCCCCUAACCGCUGAUCUGGCAUGGCUGACAAGAAACUAUUUUUUGACUAACCUUUUCCAACUCUCCAAAAUGCUGCAUAUGAAGAUGCUUUAAUUCACAUUAAACGCACUCGGAUUUUAUCGAGGCAGACCGCUGGCAUCAUCAUACAAUAUCUGUAUACUGAUUAACUUAAUGUUUCUUAAGUAGCAAGUGAGGCAUAAAUGGAUGGACAAGUACCUAGAAAACCUUAUGAUAAGUCUUUCUUCAGAUCCUGGGAAUUUUUAUUUUCGUGGAUUACAGUAAUUCUUGCAAUAAACCCUGCUGUUAACUGCUCAUGCAAUUGUUCUGGAAUGCAUCUAUGAAUACCCUAACAGAUAAAGCUGUCUGAUAAGGAAAACACUAAUGUUGGAAGAUCUGUGAACAUGAUGCAUGUGAAUAAUUUCCCCUUUAGAAGGCAUUCAUGGAUAUGUUUCGAUGUAGACAAUGGCACAUCAUCGGGACGAAGUCCCUUGGAUCCCAUGACAAGCCCUGGCUCAGGGCUAAUUCUUCAGGCAAACUUUGUCCAUAGUCAACGUAGGGAGUCUUUCCUUUACCGGUCAGACAGUGACUAUGACCUUUCUCCAAAGUCCAUGUCCAGGAACUCCUCCAUUGCCAGUGACAUACAUGGAGAUGACUUGAUUGUGACACCAUUUGCUCAGGUGCUGGCCAGCCUGAGGACUGUACGGAAUAACUUUGCUGCAUUAACCAAUUUACAAGAUCGGGCACCCAGCAAACGAUCACCAAUGUGUAACCAACCAUCUAUUAACAAAGCAACUAUAACAGAGGAGGCCUACCAAAAGCUGGCCAGCGAGACCCUGGAGGAGCUGGACUGGUGCCUGGACCAGCUGGAGACCCUGCAGACCAGGCACUCCGUCAGCGAAAUGGCCUCCAACAAGUUUAAAAGAAUGCUCAACCGGGAACUAACCCACCUGUCUGAAAUGAGUAGGUCGGGCAAUCAGGUCUCAGAAUAUAUAUCAAACACAUUCUUAGACAAACAACAUGAAGUUGAAAUCCCUUCCCCAACACAGAAAGAGAAAGAGAAAAAGAAGAGGCCAAUGUCCCAGAUCAGUGGAGUCAAAAAACUGAUGCACAGCUCCAGUUUAACUAAUUCCAGUAUUCCCAGAUUUGGAGUUAAAACAGACCAAGAAGAUUUCCUUGCCAAGGAACUAGAAGACGUAAACAAAUGGGGCCUUCAGGUUUUCAGAGUAGCAGAAUUAUCUGGAAACAGACCUUUGACAGUCAUCAUGCACACCAUUUUCCAGGAACGGGAUUUGUUAAAAACUUUUAAAAUUCCAGUAGACACUUUAAUAACUUACUUGAUGACCCUAGAAGAUCAUUACCAUGCAGAUGUGGCAUAUCACAAUAACAUACAUGCUGCAGAUGUUGUUCAGUCAACCCAUGUCCUGCUAUCAACUCCAGCACUGGAGGCAGUGUUCACUGAUUUGGAGAUUCUUGCAGCAAUUUUUGCCAGUGCAAUACACGAUGUAGAUCAUCCUGGGGUUUCAAACCAGUUUCUUAUCAACACAAAUUCUGAACUUGCCUUGAUGUACAAUGACUCAUCAGUAUUGGAGAAUCACCACUUAGCUGUGGGCUUCAAGUUGCUGCAGGAAGAGAAUUGUGACAUUUUCCAGAAUUUGACCAAAAAACAGAGGCAGUCAUUGAGGAAAAUGGUCAUUGACAUUGUACUUGCAACAGACAUGUCUAAGCAUAUGAAUCUAUUAGCUGAUUUAAAAACUAUGGUUGAAACCAAAAAAGUGACAAGUUCUGGUGUCCUACUUCUUGAUAACUAUUCAGAUAGGAUUCAGGUUCUUCAGAAUAUGGUGCACUGUGCAGAUCUAAGCAAUCCAACGAAGCCACUCCAUCUCUAUCGCCAGUGGACAGAUAGAAUAAUGGAGGAAUUCUUCCGUCAAGGAGACAGAGAAAGAGAGAGAGGAAUGGAGAUAAGUCCCAUGUGUGAUAAGCACAAUGCAUCAGUAGAAAAAUCACAGGUGGGGUUUAUAGACUACAUUGUUCAUCCUCUGUGGGAGACAUGGGCAGAUCUUGUUCACCCAGAUGCCCAGGAUAUCUUAGAUACACUGGAGGACAAUCGAGAAUGGUACCAGAGCACAAUCCCUCAAAGUCCCUCUCCUGCACCUGAUGACCAGGAAGAGGGUAGGCAGGGCCAAACUGAAAAAUUCCAGUUUGAACUAACCUUGGAGGAAGAUGGUGAGUCAGAUACCGAAAAGGACAGUGGAAGUCAAGUAGAAGAAGACACCAGCUGCAGUGACUCCAAGACUCUUUGCACCCAGGAUUCAGAAUCCACUGAAAUUCCUCUUGAUGAACAAGUAGGGGAAGAAGUGGAGGAGGAGGAGAACCAGACAGAACCCUGUGUAGUAGAAGAUCAUUCUCCUGACACGUAACGAUGAAGAUACAGUCUCUUUCUUGCCCUCUCCCAUUCUCUUCCUCUUUCUCUCUGUCAUUUUUUUUUAAUUAGUGAAGGUUUCCAAAGUGUAUGUCAUGUGCUACAACCAUGGUCACAACUCUCUGUCAUCUGCCAGGACGUUUGUUGAUCAAAACUGAUAUUGAUAACUCAGUUUGGCACUCAGGAAUAUUGUAACCAGAUUUUUCACCUCCAUGGCAUCAGAAAGCAGAGGGAAGAACAUCCAUAAACUACAUUUUAAAAGGUUCUCUGUUUGGCAGAUUUGGUUAAAUUCAGCAAAUGUUUUCAGAGGAGUACCACCUGCCAACUGAAGGCUGGUAUGCUUUGAUAGCUUUUGAUUUCAUUUUAUUUCACAAGCAAAGCAUUGAGAAAUGUUCAUCAUCAGAGGAAGCAGAAAAUAAACUGAGGUUCCUACUGGAAAACAAAUGCACAUAAGUGAUGGGACACAACAUGAAUCUGUUACCAAUAGGAAGAUGAGCUGUGGAAAUUGCAUAAUUUUCUAAUUUCAAGUCUUCCUGAUACAUGACUGAAAAAAGUGUGACCCAGUGGGUUGCACUAACCUCUGCAUUUUGUAUAAUAUGUAAAAGAGAUCUUUUGUAGAGCUUACUUUUAUUAUUAAAUGUAUUGAGGUAUUAUAUUUAAAGAAAAACACUUUCAGACUUCAUCUGCCACUGGUUAUUUUUUUUCCAAAGAGUAACUUGCAAGUUUUCAGUACAAUCUGUGCUACACUGGAUAACACUUCUGUUUGUUUUUUUCUUUCCUUCAUUUUUGCACCUUAGAAUUUCAUAGUAAUAC